CUUCCUUUUAGAAAAUUCUCCGCGGAAACGUGUGAUUAAACUAUGGCCGAUACAGCAAAGAAAGCACCAGCUGCAGCUGCUCCAGCUAAGAAGGAGAAAAAACCGGCAGCAACCAAAACUGAAGUAAAAAAAGUUAAAGAGCCAGCACCAGUUACUCCACGUCCAUUCAAACGAUAUGGAAGACUAUGGGCUAAAGCUGUCUUCACUGGUUACAAACGUGGAUUGAGAAAUCAACAUGAAAAUCAUGCAUUGUUGAAGAUCGAAGGCUCUCGCUCCAGAAAAACUUCCUUGUUUUACAUUGGAAAACGCUGUGCAUUUGUUUUCAAAGGCAAAUCAAAGAAAUCAUCGCCAACAAACCCAAAACACAAGAGCCGUGUUCGUGCUAUUUGGGGAAAAGUGACUCGCACUCAUGGUAGCAAUGGAAGUGUUCGCGCUCGCUUCACUAAGAACCUGCCUGGUGAUGCAAUUGGUCAUCGCGUAAGAAUUAUGUUGUAUCCAUCACGAAUCUAAUCAAUUUCUUUGGAUGUUUCAUAAACUUAACAAGAAAAUAAAUCGAAGAUCCUUUCUUAUAUAAGAAAUUCCAACAAAA